AUGAUGCAGGACUUUGGGCAGUGCGACGGCAAGAGGUGCACCGGCCGCAAGCUGUGCAGGCUGGGCUACAUGAAAGACAUGCGCGUGGGCCAAAGCUUCCGAGGUGUCGUCCUCAGUCCCAUGGGGGAGAGGUCCGUGUCCGCCGAGGACAGAGAGCACGUCAUAGCCUCCGGCGUCUCCGUCAUUGAUUGCUCGUGGGCUUUGAUCGACUCCAUUCCGUUCAGCAAGCUGCGCGGCGGCUUCCAUCGAUUGCUGCCUUUUCUUGUGGCGGCCAACCCCGUUAACUACGGACGUCCGUUGAAGCUCUCCUGUGCCGAAGCUGCCGCGGCGACGCUCUACAUCACCGGUUUCAAGGAGGAAGCCGAGCAGGUCAUGAGCAAGUUCAAGUGGGGCCACUCGUUCUUCGAAGUCAACAGGACCCUGCUGGACAGAUACGCCGCGUGCGCCAACAGUGCGGAGGUUGUCAAGGUGCAGAACGAUUGGAUUGAGGAGUGCGAGAGAGAGCAGGCGAACAAGCACCCGGCUGACGAUGAUCUGUUGAUCGCCAACCCCAAUCACGCUAACCGUGGCUCAUCUGCUGGUGGCGAUGACGACUCUGACUCUGAAGAAGAUGAAGAUGAAGAUGAUGACGAUGACGAUGACGAAGAGGAUGAAGAUGAAGACGAAGACGACGAAGAUGAUGAAGAGGGAAGCGACGAUGAAAGCGAUGACGAGGAAGGAAGCGAAGACGAAGAGGACAGCGACGAGGACGAGGAGGACAGCGAAGAGGAAUUGGCCAAGGACAUGAAGAAGAAAGCGACCAUCAAGGCGUCAGGCAACAGCUCCCGCGGCGGCCGCGGCGGACGAGGCGGCGGCAGAGGUGGCCGGGGUGGCCGCCGUUGA